AAAUGUUUGAAGGCAACAUAAUUUGGCGCAAGGCAUUUGGCGCCAAUUUGUUGCUAAGGGUUUUCAUAAGCGAAUAGUAGAUCAUCUUGAUCCGUCAUUUGUUUGGUAGUGGAGCUAGCGACUGGUGAAUGAAAUGGAUCCCAUAUUGCUCGAUGAAGCUGGUUAUGAGGUAGAUUUCCUUGACUUAUCAACAAAGAAGCGGCGGAAGCAGCAGAAGCGGCACCAUACAUGUCACCUGGGAAACAAGAAAGGAAAGCCUUCAACUGGUCGGCGAGGCAGAGCCCGCAGAAACCAUGCAUCAACUUCUGCAGAGGGAGGCGAUGUCAGUUCAAUUGACAUGCUGGUGGAAAUCGAGGAUACCAAUGGAGGACACCAGCUAAGCUCAGAUGGUCCAAGUGACUCCAGUUCGGAUGAUGAUUGGCUGGAUUGCAAUGAAGAUGAGCUGGCGUCCCUCUCCGGGACAGACAACUGUGCGCACCGGAGAACGUGGGCGAAACGGCUUAUGGAUGAAGAGAUCAACUGGGCGAAAGUUCGUGGAAGCAAUCUUGAGAGCUAUGUUUCAUCGCAGAGAGUGCCAGAUACGAGGUCAUGUAGCUGCGGAGCGAUCGCCGCUGUUUCGUGCAAUGACUGUCUUGAAGCAUUUAUGUGCCCAUUCUGCGAUGAAGCAGCCCAUGCGUGGAAACCAUUCCACCGUCGGUUUUGCUGGAUAUCUGGACACUUGCAGCCCCUGAACCCCAGGUGUACCGUCGCUACAGAAGACGAAGAUAGGCAGUACAGGAACAUUGUCGCCAGCGUGCCACUCUUGAAGACCCACCAUCGAUGCGGCGAAUGCGGUUCUGGAGAUGUGGAGCUGGUGGCAGACGGAUCCCGAGACAUCAUUGUGGUAACAGAACGUGGGCGACACAAUUUGUGUGCACCGCUCUGGCGGUGCACUGUUUGCGCAUCACGGGAGCACCCAACUGCAGAAGAGUGGUACUCGCAUGGUUUCUUCCCGGGAUCGCCAGUGCAUAUGAAGACGUUCUUCCUCAUGGACGUGUUCCAACUCUGGAGAGGAAUCAAGUUUCUAUCUCCUGGUACUUCCCUGAGAGCCUUCGUACAGUCUCUGAACAGGACUGGGCGACUUGCCUGCCGGGAUGGAGACAUCAACCAAGACCGGUUUGCAAAAGCGUAUGCUGAGUGGUCAUACAUGACCUUUGCAGCUCAGAAGUUGGCUGGAUGGGACCCGAUGAUAUGUCCGGCGUGUGGCCCCCAGCCAUCCUGCAUCCACGUAGACGGCAACGCCAAGCUGUAUCGUUAUAAGUCGGCUGGUGAUGCUUCAACGCUGAAGCCUUAUAUGCAGGAUGUUUGCAUCUUCAACAACGCGUCGGUCGAUGCUCACGUCGCCGAAACUGAAUCGUGCAACUCGGAGAGCUCCAACCGAUGUGGCGUGUCAACAUGGGCUGCGGGCAGAAACAAAACCAGUCUGCCAUCAAAGCGAUCCCAGGACGAGACAGGGCUGUCAGUGGCGACGUGUCGCCACAGCAUGGUUCUCGGUGCCAUCAACAUGUACCGAGGUGAAAUAUUUGCCUACUGCCACUUCCUGCACAUGCAGUUCAGGAACUUAGCAUUUAUGGCAAGCGAUGUCGCAUGCCAGUAUUGGCCAUGGGCGCAGCGACUGGCAAAUCGACUUCUGCAGUUCGACGUGGGCGACACCCAACCUUUCCUGAGCGUGAUGCACGCAACCGGACAUGCGUACUACUGCCAGAUUAAGUACGGUGGCUUUUGGCAGGAGGGAUCUGGAUGGGCCGUCAUGGAAACAACGGAGCAGGCAAACGCACUGCUAAGCAGGGCUGGAAAUCCCACCAAACACAUGACGGCUGCCCAGAGAGAUGACUACCUCACUGACCUCAUCAUCAGCUGGAACGAGCGGAAGAGUGGGAAGCUGAUGGAGCUGCUGAUCUCCAAGCAUGCUCGGCUAAAGAAGGCAGCCUGCACUCUACAGCGUGAGCUUGAUGAGAUGCUGCGCGAGCACAAAGUCGAUGUCAACGAUCUCCCGUCGAUGGUUGAGGAGCUUCGAGCUUUGGCUGAUGCGUUGUGUGCCAGCGACCGCCUCAGCGACGACAACAUCCGCAACGGAAUCGUUCUGUGCGGAAACAGCAUCCGCGAGAAAUCUGCCAGGCUGCUGCAAGUAGACAGCUCCAAGUUACGGUCGCGCCUGCGCAGAUCGAGGGCAGCCGAGAAAGCAAGGCUUGUCACACUGCUACGCAGUUACGAGCGUCUCACAGGAGAAAAGAUAGACAUGGAUGACGUGUUAGAUGACUGCCUUCCGUGGCAAAACCGGGGCGUCGUGGAUCUGGCAAUCAAGCGCAACAUAUGCGAUAAGCUCAUGCGCAUGCGAAGAGCGACCGAAGAACAAGACAUCCUCAUGGGCGAGAUGACCACCCUACAGCACAGCAUACGCGACAGGAGGACCUCAAUCGAGGAAAAGGCAGCGUGGCUAGAAGGCGUCCUAUCUCUACCGCUCGACCAGCGACCGACACUGGACUCGGGGGCGGAAGGCCGAUACGUCCUGUGUCACAACGACGAUGGCGUAGUGCGAGGGCUGCUGGCAAUGUGCCGACGUCAAGUUCGCCUCCUAACUGCAGAUUUGCUGUAUGGUGAUGACGCGCUGGCAGCUUACUUCUCCCAGCCUGGAAACGACGGCUGAUUACUCAUUUCCCACCAUCGACGCGGCAACCCAACAUCUCGGCAUCCGUGUGGUUUCCUGUCCUCGCGGACCAGUCGAUAUCCGAUACCUGGGUCCUGACGUAUCUGUGUACCUGUGUUAGGCUUUAAGUGCUAUACCAUUCGGUGCAUGAAGUAUACACUAUACAGGGUGUCCCAUAAGUUUGUUCUCGCCUAACUUUUGAUUUUAGGGGCUCUCUUGUUUUACCACACGAGCAUCUUAAUUCGUAAAUGAGCUUAUGUGGUUGCCAUGGCAACUGGCAAUAUGGUGUACAAGGAAUCAGACAUGGGCACGGAUCCCAGACGACCAAACACGAAAAUCAAGAUGGCCACUAGAUUAGUGGACUUUAAGCAUGGAAUUAUGGUGGAAAACAUGGCCAAUAGAUGCCUCUCAACGAACCAACUAUUUUGCAUUCCCUCAGAGUUCAUAGUUUUGAGAAAAUCCCUCAAGAUCCAUCUCGGAUCCAUGGCCACGAAUCAUGGAUCCGAGAUGGAUCUUGAGGGAUUUUCUCAGAACUGUUAACCCUGAAGAAAUGCAAAAUAGUUGGUUCAUUGAGAGGCUUCUAUGAGCCAUGUUUUCCACCAUAAUUUCAUGAUUGAAGACCGUCAAUCUAAUAAUACGGCGGUUGGCAUGCCACAACGUGUAUUCAUACGAUAGUCCAUGGAAUGAGGAACAUAUUUAGUGGUCUUAAGUGUAUCAAAACGCAAUGUGUUGUUUUAAACGCAAAUAAAAUGUGAGAACGAACUUUUGGGACACCCUGUAUGUGGUAUGAGACUCAUGCACUGCCGAUCACCGAUGCUCGUCAGUCAAGUGAUAGCAACUGCGAGCGGUAUUUGUGUGUAUGCGUGUGCCCGUCCGUGUAUGGCUGGAUUGUUCAUAAAUGACAAUCUUAAAUACACUCCAGGUCUGAUA